UCCUAUACUCUUUGAUGCAUACAAUCAAAACAUCUGUCAAAAACUGCAUGUUUUUAAAAUUUGAAUUUGUUUUUUUUAGUUAAUUAAAAAAUGUCAUCGAAAAUCCAUAUUCGACUGGCGAUAGAUCGUACCGAUCCAAAUGUAUCCUUAAAUGAAAAUAUUCCAAAAAUUUAUACACCUGGAGAAGUAAUAAUUGAACAAGCAGGAUUUAUGAGGGGACAUGGUACAUAUUCAGAUGAUAAAGUGAUACGUGCUUCCGUAGCAGGUGUUGUGGAACAAGUGAAUCGUCUAAUAUCAGUUCGUCCGAUAAAAAAUCGCUAUAAUGGUGAAGUCGGUGAUGUUGUAAUCGGACGAAUAACUGAAGUACAACAAAAGCGUUGGAAGGUUGAUACGAAUUCAAGAUUAGAAUCUGUGUUACUCUUAGCUUCGGUUAAUUUACCUGGUGGGGAAUUAAGACGCAGAUCCGCUGAAGAUGAACAAAUGAUGAGAUGUUAUUUACAAGAAGGUGAUUUAAUUAGUGCAGAAGUACAAAAUACAUAUUCCGAUGGAUCUUUGUCAUUGCACACGAGAAGUCUUAAAUAUGGAAAACUCUCACAAGGGGUUUUAUUAAAAGUAACACCAUUUCUUAUAAAACGCCGGAAAACACAUUUUCAUGUAUUACCAUGCGGCGCUAGUGUAAUUUUGGGUAACAAUGGUUUUAUAUUUAUUGGACCUACUGUAAGCCACACUGAAGAGACUGGCGGUUUCGUUCAAAACUUAGAAGAGGCGGUUCCUAGAGCAGAACGAGAAGUAAUUGCCCGACUACGUAAUUGUAUAUUAGCCUUAGCACAAAGUAAGAUAAUGUUGUAUGAUACGAGUAUUGUGGCAGCAUUCGAGGAGUCUAUGAAAUAUUCGAUUAAAGAAUUGUUAAUCCCAGAAGCUAUGGUUGAUGUUGCAUUAUUAACUCAACAAAGAUUACAAAUGGAAAUUGAAAAUACUCUUGCAUAA